AUGGAUCCACAACAAUCUAACAAUCCAUCAGAACUAAAGCUACCGAAUAUACCUACCUUCAGCGCUACUUUUAACAAAACUGAACCAACCAUAAAUCCAAAUAUGCUGAAGAGAGAUCAAAAUGCCAAAGAAGCAACGUCAAAUUCAUUAGAUACUACAGUGGACACAGCCGCGGAUAUGAUGAAAUUUGGUGCAUCGAAACAGCAUCCAUAUACCGAUAAGUUGCAAACCAUUUCGUCAAGUGAUUUGACUGCAAGAUAUACGUCAUUCGAAGCUGAUACAGGAGCAACUAAACCGACGAGCGAAGAAAUCUUCUAUGCAACGAAAACACAGUCCGUCGAUUUCUUACAGGAAGAAAUUCAAAAUUCGCUAGAACUUAAUGAGCUAAAGCCGACGGAACACGACAGACAAAACUCAUCCACAUCGUUCAAUUCGAGUGAAGUAACCGUUCAACUGGAAGCACCAGAUUCUACAUUGGAGCAUAACGGAGAAUCUCACUGUCGAACAUUUCCACUUUUUGACAAUAUGAUAGGUGCGUUCAAAGAGAUACCAGAGCGCGAUGAACCAAAACGGGAAGAAUCCACGAAACGCCAGCAACCGACAUUGGUGCAAGCAAUACAGACAAUCAUGCAACUAGCACCAACUACUUCAACACAGGAAAACAACGAAUUUCAACUUCCCAAUAUUCCAUCAUCUCAGAAAACCAUUAAAACAAUCAAAGAAAAACAAGAUGUGCCAGAAACAAAGCAAGAGGUACACGUACAGCCAGACGCAACAGAUUCUUUGAAUGCCAAUGAAAAACCAAUUCAACAUGAAACUACUUCUGACACGACAAAGCAGGCAGCAGGAUUUCAACCACAAUCAAAUCUAUACUUUGGCAGAACCAUAGACGCCAAGAAAGAUGCACUAAAACUUGAUGCAACGCAGAAAAACAAGGACUUGAAACGACAAGACUCCCCACCAGCCGAUGGAGACCUAGCAACUCUUCAACCGAAGCAUACUACAACCACAUCGAACAAAGAACGAGAAUUUCAACUUCCGAAAAUGCCAUCACUAGAGACCAUAAUUGAUCAAACCAAAGAGGCUCCAGAUAUCAACGAAAACAACCAAGGGAAAAAUCAGAAAUCCGUAAUUUCCAAUUCCUCAAACGCCAAGGCAGCAGCCAUUCCCCAGGAUACCACAUCACCUGCAACGAAGAACGAGGAAGCAUCUGAACUCACCACAACGCUUUCCUUAAACGGCACGAUAGGACCACUCAUCCAAAGACCCAUAGUCGAACAAACAGUCGCACUCGAAACUAUGAAUCUAAAGACGUCAGUUUCUCAACAUGAAAAGCCAGAAGCGGAGCUAUCCAAAACCACAACUUCCACACGUAAAAAGCAGGGAAGCUUUUCGCUACGCACAACUCAAUUCCAGCAGAGAACUACCGAAGCAUUUGACGAUUCACUACAUCUUGAUGCCACGGAGAAACGAGCACCAUCCAUAAUUACAGCAAUCCCCAGUAUUAAACCGUCAAAACAACCGGCCACGUCAAAAAGCCAAGGAGAAUUCCAAUUGCCUAUCACAUUUUCUAAUGAUGGUACGAUUCAAGGAAUCAAAGACACAUCCACGAUUGAUACAGCAAAUAAACAACAGCCAUCAGCAGAUACAGGAACUGGAAAUGUUGAGACGUCAACAGCGACAAAUACACCGAAGAAUGGAGGAGAAUUUCAGUUGCCUACAAUACCUUCGUUUGAUCCUACAGUUCAAGGAAUGAAAGACACAUUCCGGAUUGAUACAGCAAAGGAAGAGGUGCCGUCAGCAGAUACAAGAACUGGAAGUGUUGAGUUAUCUAAAGAGACAAUCACGCCGAAGAAGGAAGGAGGAUUCCAGUUGCCCACAAUACCUUCGUUUGAUCGUACAGUCCAAGGAAUCAAGGACACAUUCCGAAUUGAUACAGCAAAGGACGAGGUGCCGCCAACAGAUACAAGAACGGGAAGUGUUGAUUCAUCUAAAGAC